AUGGCCGGCUACGGUCGUCAUCACGAUCGAGCCGGAUUCACUUCGCACUCCCAGAGAGCGCGGAGAGAUCUCGACAAGCAACUGACCGAUGCUGCAAUCGGCGACAACGAUGAAUUCACGAACUCGCUUCCAAAAUGGCCAAGGUUGGCUGAUACAGCUCUUGAUCAACCCGACUACUUGGCGCUCAAGCUUUCACACAAAGCCUACACUGUGGGUUGGGUAUGCGCUCUGCCCCUCGAGAUGGCCGCAGCAGCAGCCAUGUUAGACGAGACGCACGAACCUCUGGCGAUGAACCCCAGCGACAGCAACGUGUAUACGUUCGGUCGCAUAGGCCCCCACGACAUUGUCAUCGCAUGCUUGCCGUUGGGGCAGUACGGUACGAACAGCGCGGCGGUGGUAGCAAACAACAUGCGCUGGAGCUUCCCUUCGAUAUAUAUUAGGUUGAUGGUCGGAAUUGGUGGUGGAGUCCCUGGCAAGGUCGACAUACGCCUUGGGGACGUUGUGGUCAGUUCUCCGACUGGAACCUCCUCGGGUGUGGUGCAAUACGACUUUGGAAAAGCAGUCCAUGACGGCCGGUUCGAGUAUACAGGCACCCUAAACAAACCUCCACAAUCGCUGCUGGCGGCGGUCUCCAAGCUGCGCGCCAACCACGAAAGACGGCCGAACCAGAUUCCGGCAAUCCUGGCCGACAUGAAGAUGCGUAACCCCGACAUGACCGAUUACCUGCAUCAAAGCAUGGAUGAAGAUCGUUUGUUCCAGGCCUUUUACGAACAUACUGGCGGAGACACCUGCGAUGACUGCGACGUCUCCAUGAUAGUAGAACGUGACCCGCGGCCAGCGGCAGCUACACCGAAGAUUCAUUACGGGAUCAUUGCAUCUGGGAACCAAGUCAUGAAGUAUGCGCAGACAAGAGACCGUCUUGCUAAAGACCUAGGGGUAAUUUGCUUCGAGAUGGAGGCGGCUGGGUUGAUGGACAAUUUUCCCUGUCUAGUCAUCCGCGGCAUCUGUGACUACUCGGACAGCCACAAAGCGAAACGGUGGCAGAGAUACGCGGCCGCAACGGCAGCAGCCUAUGCAAAGGAGCUUCUCUAUCUCGUCACACCACAUGACGACCUCAUGGGACAAACUCCGGUGCCUCACAAUGAUCAAUCAUCGCCACCAGCAGAUCAUAACAAGAAACUUCUAGAUUCCCUCAAACUAGAUCAUCCAUCGCCACCAGCAGACCAUAAGAAGAAACUGCUGGAUUCUCUCAAGUUCAGCCAAAUUGGAAAACGGCAAGAGAACAUUAAAGCCGCCCACGCAGAGACUUGCAAGUGGCUGGUUGAACAUCCCGACUACGCAGCGUGGAUGGACCGCCAGAAGUACUCUCAGCACCACGGCUUCCUUUGGAUCAAGGGAAAGCCUGGUACCGGAAAAUCGACUGUCAUGAAUUAUGCCUUCACCCGAGCAAAGGAAAGCAAGGGCGAACAGAAGUUCUUGAUCUCCUUUUUCUUCAACGCCAGAGGGGAAGGCCUCGAGAAAACGACUCUGGGCAUGUAUCGGGCCCUGCUGCAUCAGCUUCUGGAAAGUAUGCCUGACCUGCAGACGUUGCUUGACGACCCGGAUCUCAGACACUUGAGCCAGUCAGAGGCCAAGGAAUGGGGCCUCGACCAACUCAGAAACCUCUUCCGCAGUGCAGUCCGGAGACUAGGACAACGACGGUUGACUUGCUUUAUUGAUGCUCUUGACGAGUGUGACGACCAUGAGGUCUCGGACAUGGUCAAAUGUUUUGAGGAUCUUGGGCAGUAUGCGGUGCAACACGACAUACGCUUCUACGUCUGUCUAUCCAGUCGCCAUUACCCGUACAUCGAUAUCUUCUAUGGUCAAAAGCUCGUCCUGGAAGAUCAGAUUGGGCACGGGAAAGACUUGGAGGAUUACGUACGCAGCGAACUCCGGGCCGGCUCUGGACGAAAGAGUGAGCAGGUGAUUGCCGAGAUACUGCGGAAAGCUUCAGGCGUUUUCAUGUGGGUUGUUCUCGUCGUCGACAUCCUAAACAAGGAGUACCGGAAAGGUCGGCUGUUCGCGGUAGAAAAACGACUGAAUGAUAUACCCUCCGAGCUGAGCAAGCUGUUCCAGGAUAUCCUUACGAGAGACCAAGAGGAUAUGGGGGAUUUGGUCCUCUGCAUUCAGUUGCUGCUCUACAGCCAAAGGCCACUCAAGAGGGAAGAGUACUACUUCGCUCUAGCGUCAUGUCUAGAGCCUGAUACGUUUGCAGAAUGGGAUCCUGAGGACAUCACUCACGAGUUUAUGGACCGCUUGAUUGUCAGUUCAUCCAAGGGGCUCGCUGAGGCAACAAGGUCGGAUGACAAGACGGUUCAGUUCAUUCAUGAAUCGGUACGGGACUUCCUUCUCAAGGAUAACGGCCUGCGUACGCUUUGGCCAGACAUGGCAGACAACUUUGAAGGCCUAAGCCACGAGAGGCUAAAGCAAUGUUGCCACACAUACUCAACCCAGGUUAACAUCUCGGCCUACCUACCGGAAGACAAGUUUCUCUUGAAGACUUCCGAAAAGAAUGCCCAAAGCUGGAGGGAUCAGGUGGCCGAGCGGUUUCCGUUUCUGGAGUACGCAACGAACCAGGCUCUUCAUCAUGCCGAAGCCGCCGCAAUCCAUGGGAUUUCACAAGAGAAAUUCCUCAAGGGUUUCAUGGUGGACCCCUGGAUACAAAUGAACAACUUGUUUGAAAGAGUCAUGGUUCGCCGACACUUGCCUGCCUCUACAAGCAUUUUAUACAUUACCGCUGCAAAGGGACUGAGCAUGCUAGUUGAAACGAGUCUUGGACUUAACCUCGACGUCGAUACAGUUGGUGGACGAUAUGGAUACCCACUCCUUGCGGCCAUCAUCGCGGACCACGUCGACGCUGCUCAUAUACUAUUGAAUUGCAUUGCCAAGAAGGCACAGCAAGGCAAGUCUGGUGCGAACAGUGACUUGGAAUACAGACAUGGAGUUUACACGAUCAGUCCAAGUCUCAACUACGCGAUCCCAGGAGGUCGAACGGCGCUCUAUUUUGCCGCACGGAGCAGAGACAUCAGUAUCGCAAAAAGACUUCUUGAACUAGGCGCGAGUUGUAUCUGCCACACUGGACUUGUCAGUUUCAGUCCUCUUGUUUGUGCUAUGGAGAAUGACAAUUUAGCAUUUGUAAGGUGCUAUCUGCAUGAGCGCAGUAAAUCCAGAUCAAGUCUCUCGCGUGUCCCGGGUCCAUCAAGGUUGGCAUCGUCGGAUGAGAAACAUGGGGGAGAGAGUAGGCUUCUAGGGCUCGAUGAAGACACUGUGCCAUCGCCCAGAGAUGACAGCCAGACUCGGAUACUUGCAAGCAAGAGGUGUGAAGAAGACGCAUCGUUGGCCCUCACCAUCGCUGCGGGGACGGGAAACAUAGAGAUUGCAAGACUUCUGCUCAAAUCAGGCGCGGACAUACAGACCAGGGCGCGCUGGGGAGAUACACCCUUGGAAAUUGCUUACAAGAACAGCAAAUGGGCCGUUGUACAGUUCCUGUUGGAGAACGGCGCCAAACUAGAAUCCGCCGAUAGAUUCGGCUGCACUCCUCUUCAGGGGGCCUGCGAAAGAGGAAACUUGGCAGCUGUAAAGUUGCUGCUGGAAGCAGGCGCAAACUUUCACAUACGUGACAAGAGAAGAAGAACGCUUCUUCAUCUUGCCUGCUCCAAGGACGACCUGGAGACUGCCAGUUUCUUGAUUGAAGCAGGCGCCGACGUCCAAGCGACCGACACAAACGGCCAAACUCCGCUGUUCUACACUGCGCGGGAACAAAAAAUGUAUUGCUUUGAUCUUUUGCUCUCCCAUGGCGCCGACAUCAACCACAGAGACAACCGUGGGCAGACACUUGUUUUUGAAGUCAUUAACAACUGGUACGGCGACAGUGUCAAAAGGCUUCUGGACAAGAAACCCGAUCUCACAAUUACCGAUUACAGCGGCCAAACGCCUCUUUUCGAAAUGCGCACCCGGUCUAGCUCAUCUCCACUCAACGCAAAGUUGAUGAUCGAGGCAGGCAUAAAUGUCGCGCAUAGCAAUAACAAGGGUCAAACCUUCCUUCAUGUGGUGUGUUCACGCGGACGAGAUGAUGGUUCUGAUGAGUUUCUUGUUUUCGUUCAAUGGGCAUUUGAACAUGGCCUCUACAUCAACGCUCGCGACGACACUGGUCGAACCCCGCUGCUAGAAGCCGUCCAAAACCGCGACGAGAAGCUGACUCUGCUUCUCAUGCAACACGGUGCCGACCCCAAUGCAGUAGAUGACCAAGGUUGGACGCCGCUGUCCACAGUCAUCGACCGCGACAACUCGGCGUGUUCCUUGGAGCUCUUAUCCCUCCUCCUGGAGAACGGGGCCGAUCCAAGACAGCCAGGCCCAAACGGCGAGGGUCUGCUUGACAUGGCUGUUCGGCUCGGCAAAGGGGAACUACUUGGGCCUCUUGAGGCAGCUAUGGAGGAACGACACAUCGCCCAAUGA